UUCUCCACCUUCAUAUAUAUCUCCCCUUCUCCGUAAAUUCUGUUUUAGAUUCAUAAAAAACCACAAGCCCUACUUCCCUCUUCUUCUCAUCCUCCUCCUGCUGUGAUAUCUCAUUAUCCACAGAUUCCUACACUGUAAUCGAAAUCCAUUGAUCCAGUUGAAGAGGCUAACGUCAGGGGAGAUAGAGUGAGUGGGAUCAUUAUUAUACACAGAGAGAAUUGCUUCUGUAUGUCAGUAGAUUGUACACACUGCAAUUACUACGGUGGAUUUGGUGAGCUUGCUAACCCCCUACAAUGGCCUCAACUUCGCAAAAGGCGUCGCAUUCUACCGAUGAUUCACUUCCGAUCCACCGUCAGGCGGUUUCCGCUGACGUCGUUGUUGUCGAAAACUGGCACAACAACGAUCAGAAGACGCCGAUCAAGAAUACAUCAAUCGCUACCUUGAUCAAUACUACCGAUCCUUCCGCUUCCUCUAAAGGAAUCCAAAUCCUCACACGGGCUCAAACAAGCCAUCCAUUGGACCCAUUAUCUGCUGCUGAAAUCAAAGUAGCAGUAGCAACUGUCAGGGCAGCUGGAGCGACACCUGAGGUCAGAGAUGGUAUGCGGUUUGUGGAGGUGGUUCUAUCAGAACCAGAUAAAAGUGUUGUUGCACUUGCAGAUGCAUAUUUCUUUCCACCUUUCCAACCUUCUCUACUACCCAGAAGCAAAGGUGGUGCUGUAAUACCUAGUAAGCUUCCCCCAAGGAGAGCUAGACUUGUUGUCUACAAUAAAAAAUCAAACGAAACAAGCAUAUGGAUUGUUGAAUUAUCCGAAGUACAUGCAACAACUCGUGGUGGACAUCAUAGAGGGAAAGUCGUUUCUUCAAGAACAAUUCAAGAUGUUCAGCCUCCCAUGGAUGCUGUUGAAUAUGCUGAAUGUGAAGCUGUUGUGAAAGAGUACUUUCCCUUUCAAGAAGCUAUGAAGAAGAGGGGUAUUGAAGAUAUGGAUCUUGUGAUGGUUGAUGCUUGGUGUGUUGGUUAUCAUAGUGAAGCAGAUGCUCCUAGCAGAAGAUUAGCAAAACCACUUAUCUUCUGUAGGACUGAAAGUGAUAGCCCAAUGGAAAACGGAUACGCCCGACCCGUUGAAGGAAUUUAUAUUCUUGUUGACAUGCAAAACAUGGUUGUCAUUGACUUUGAAGACCGAAAACUUGUCCCAUUGCCACCUGCUGAUCCUUUAAGAAACUACACUCCUGCUCAUACACGAGGUGGCGUUGACCGAAGCGAUGUAAAGCCCUUACAAAUUCUUCAGCCCGAUGGGCCCAGCUUCCGUGUUAAUGGCCAAUAUGUUGAGUGGCAAAAGUGGAACUUUCGUAUUGGGUUUACUCCAAGGGAGGGAUUAGUGAUACACUCGGUUGCAUAUGUUGAUGGAAGCAGAGGUAGAAGACCAAUUGCUCAUAGAUUGAGCUUUGUUGAAAUGGUUGUUCCUUAUGGUGAUCCAAACGAUCCACAUUACAGAAAGAACGCGUUUGAUGCAGGUGAAGAUGGUCUUGGAAAAAAUGCUCAUUCUCUUAAAAAGGGAUGUGAUUGCCUAGGUUAUAUCAAGUACUUUGAUGCACAUUUUACAAACUUCACUGGAGGUGUUGAAACAAUUGAAAAUUGUGUAUGUAUGCAUGAAGAGGAUCAUGGAAUCCUGUGGAAGCAUCAAGACUGGAGAACUGGCUUAGCGGAAGUACGAAGAUCUCGGCGUCUUACAGUGUCAUUUAUAUGUACUGUUGCCAAUUACGAAUACGGUUUCUAUUGGCACUUUUACCAGGAUGGAAAGAUUGAAGCUGAAGUUAAACUUACAGGGAUUUUGAGUUUAGGAGCAUUGCAGCCUGGGGAAGUUAGAAAAUAUGGGACAACAAUUGCACCAGGGUUGUAUGCGCCAGUUCAUCAACACUUUUUUGUUGCUCGUAUGGAUAUGGCUGUUGAUUGCAAGCCUGGAGAAGCAUAUAACCAGGUUGUUGAAGUUAAUGUGAAAGUUGAAGAAUCUGGGAAAGAUAACGUCCAUAAUAAUGCAUUCUACACCGAAGAAACUUUACUUAAAACUGAAAAUGAAGCUAUGCGUGAUUGCAAUCAGUUAUCUGCUCGUCAUUGGAUUAUUAGAAACACUCGGACUGUGAAUAGGACGGGGCAGCUGACAGGGUAUAAGCUGGUACCAGGUUCAAAUUGCUUGCCAUUAGCAGGUUCAGAGGCUAAGUUUUUGAGAAGGGCUGAAUUUCUUAAACAUAAUCUUUGGGUUACACCGUAUGCACUUGAUGAGAAUUUUCCUGGAGGAGAGUUUCCUAAUCAGAAUCCACGUGUUGGUGAAGGCUUAGCCUCAUGGGUCAAGCAAAAUCGUUCUCUUGAGGAAACUGAUAUCGUACUUUGGUAUGUAUUUGGGAUCACUCAUGUUCCUAGGUUAGAAGACUGGCCUGUUAUGCCAGUGGAACACAUUGGUUUUAUGCUUCAGCCACAUGGAUUCUUCAACUGCUCACCAGCGGUUGACGUCCCUCCAGGAGCGUGUGAGAUGGAUGUGAAAGACAAUGAAGCUAAAGAAGGCGUUGGCGUUGCAACCAAGUCUGUUUCAAAUGCUUUGAUUGCCAAGCUUUGAUGUAUGUAGUUUAAGUUUGUAGACCUAUAUUAUUAUACUUUGGUUGGUUGUGCUAUGAAUUUGACCCAGUCUCCAUUUCAAUUCAUUUCAUAUGUUUCCUUUGGUA